AUGCUUCGAGCUGCUGUGGAGCGUCUGGGACUUGCUGCUACUGCUGCUGCUGCUGCUGCUGCAGUUCAGUACCAGUGCAGCAUCGAUGCAGCAGCCGUCGAGCUGGCGAGCAGCACAGCAGAAGCAGCAGCAGACCACCAGCAGCAGCAGCAGCAGCAACAGCAGCAACAGCAGCAACAGCAGCAACAGCAGCAACAGCAGCAGGUGGGCUGGUGCGGCGCGUGUCCUUCUGCUGCUGCGUGUCAGAGGCAGCGCCUUGCUGCUUCCUUAGGGCUCCUGUCAUUCAGGCAGCAGCAGCAGCAGCAGCAGCAGCAGCAAAUAAAGGCAACAGAUCCCUCGAGUAGCGUGCUGCUGCAGCCUCUCUCCGUCCUGAAAAGCUUCAACUGCAGCUGCAAGCAGCAGCAGCCGGACCCAGAGCAGCAACAGCAGCAGCAACAGCUGCUGCUGCUGCCGCAAUGCGUGCAGCCCACUCGUGCUGCUGCUGCUGCUGCGCUGCGCCUCGCUGAAGUGUAUGCAGCAAGACUGCCUUUGCUGCAGCAGCUCAGCACCAGCUGUCUAUACACCCCAGGCAUGGGCCCUUUCUUUCGUGCUGCUGCUGCCCUAACAGAGGCUCCCGUUGCUGCUUCUGGUGCUGCUGCUGCUGCUGCUGCUGCUCCUGACCCUGCCAACAGCAGCAGCACAACUGCGGCAGCACCAGACUGCAGCAAAGGCGGGCAAACAGCAGCCGCAGCAGGGGCAGCACCAGCUGCAACAGCAGCAACAGCAGCAGCAGCGUCUCUUCCCCCUGAAGUGCUGCUGCUUCUGCGAAGCGACAUGGAAGAAAUACCAGCAGCAGCAACAACAGCAGCAGCAGCAGCAGGGCCUAUGCUCCCUGUGUCUGCUUUAAAGCUGCUUGCUGCUGCAGCAACGCACUACAUGACCUUCGGUGCUGCUGCUGCUGCUGCUGCUUUCUUUCGCGAGCUGCUGCUGCGGGCUCCCCCCCCGCUGGCUGGCAGCACUUUUUUGACACUGCCGCAGCAGCUGCUUCUGGCUGCAGCGGGCACAAACCAGCAGCAGCAGCAGCAGCAAGAGUUGCUGCAGCAGCAAGCAAAAGAAGCACGCGAGUUCGUAGACAGAAAUCCAGCGGUAGCCGCUGCUGCUACUGCGGUCGCUGCUGCUGCUGUUGCUGCUGCUGUUGCUGCUGCUGCUGCUGCGGUGUUUAGGGAUGCGGCUGCAGCAGCAGCUGCUGCUGCUGCCGAUGCUUCUGCUGCUUGCCGCAGUAGUACUCCGUGCUGCAACGGAGGCCGCGAGAGGUUCUUCAGUUUCUGUUGCUGCUGUUGCUGCCUUGCUGCUUUUGCUGCCGUUGCUGCUGCUGGCGGUGUCGCUUGUGCCGUUGCUGCUGCUGUUGUUGCUGCUUCUGCUGCUGCUUCAGUCGCCCUUGCUGCUGCUGCACCUGUGUGUGGGAACGCGCAGCUUCUCCCUCUGCGAGUUAAGGGCCGACUGGCUGCUGCAACAGCUACAGGAUGA